CACUCUCUCCUCCCCUUUUUUUAGUUUGUGGGUAUUUUCAUCCCGGAUCUUACUUGCAAGCUCUUGUGUAAAAUUGUGAUUAUGAUUUUUUAAAGAAUUAACGAGGAAUUGGUUAUUGCGUUCGUUAUGGAAGAGUCUGAUUUCGUUGAAGCGUGUCUGUAUGUUGUAAGAUUGUCUCCAAGACAACACUUGUAGGGCUUAGUCGCUGUUCUCUCGGCGCAAUGGAAAACAAAUGAAGCACGCUCACGUUUUGUGCAUGUAUAUAGUCGCUAAAUGUUACUGUACAUACUUGUCCACUGGUGUGAUUAGUGAUCAACGAUUUGUUUAUUAAACAAAUUCAAACAUUCUAUUUAACAUUGUAGUAACAAGAAAUUUAACUGUUAGACAGUUGUAAUGUGAAUAAUUUUUUUCUCAGAAAUAUUUUUAUCUUGUUGAUAGAAUUAUUUAUAGACUACCGUUUACCAUAGUUGGAAGAUGCAACUCCAACAUGUAUACAUUUGAUUUCUCAUAGUUCAUUGCCUUAUUGCUUUAUCUGAUUUUCAAAUAAACAUUUAUAUUUAAAUUAUCACCUUAAAAUUUCUCAACUUACUUAAUGGCCAUAAAAACGUAAUAUUGUCUACAUCACAUCCCUUAUCUACUUUGAUAAUUUAAGAUUAAUUAUUUAUUGAGUGUAUAUUUUAUGUAGUUCAUGAACCCAUUAUAUAGAUUAAUUUUAAGUAACUUUUCAUAAAGCCACCCCUUGUUCAAACAAUUUGACAUGAUCAUCAUUGUCUUGAAAAGUAGGUCAACAAUUACUUUACCAUUUCAUCGAUGUGAUUAAUUAGCAUAAAUUAUCUAAUUGCUCAAUUUGAGUAUUACAUAAAUAGGAUAGAAAUAUCAAAUUUUUAUGUAACAUUUCAAUUCAUCUAGUUAUCAGUACAUGCAUUGUAUUUUGAUCUCUUGAAUUCUCUUGCUCAAAACACUUUGAUCAAGUGCAGAUGCACUUGAUAUAACUAAAAUUCUACUUUGAAAAUAGCAUUAGCUUACACAAUACAGCCUUGUUCAGUAUACAGAAACACAUGUAUGUAUUUCAAUUGGUAUUAUAUCAAGCAAGAGUAUCAAUUUACAAUGAGGUAUCAACUAAUCAAGUCACUUGAUCAGUUUUACACAAGAUAAUUAUUGUUCCACUCAACAAGUAGCUCAUCCACUUAGAUUUUGUCACACUGACAUAUUUAAUGAGAAACUAGGAAACCUAUAAUAUCUAUUCAGGAAGUAGUUUGUUAUGGGUGGAGUAAGUGUCUCGAUGAAUAGCAAAAUUGAACUCUUGAUGGCUGACAAUGAAGUUUAAAUCACUUGUUUCACAAGUACCUUUUCAAUACACUGUUCAAAGUCAAAUCAUUCCAAGAAAAAAAGUGGUGUAAAACCACCUUUAACAUCCAAUAAGUUAAUUUUCACCUGUGAUUUCUAUCGAGUAAUAUGAUAGACAAUUGUUCAAAUUAAUAAUCUGCAAUUAGAAUAAAUUAAUUUUGAAAUAAAGAACAGCAAAAGUCAACAGGAGUACAGAACACCUGAGGAGCUGGCACAGCAGAUGACCCCAAGCAGACAGAUAACGACUAAUCUUAUCAGAGUUUCCUGGAAAGUGUACGAGAGCGCGUAUGUAUGUGUAAGUGCAAGCGUGUGGAUUAGUCAGCAAAGACUUAUUGACAACCGCCGACUCAGUCGCUCUCUCGCUCUUCUACAAUCAGUUGAUUUCCAAAGUGGAAGUAGAGUAGUGUUCUCGUCGCGAUCAACAUGGGACGUCGAGAUCGUUCCAGCGAAAUGCCUCUCAGGAGGAACUAUGCAAGUGCUAUCAGUGUUGAUAGAUUUUCGGAGCACAGCUUGCAUGGUGGUUAUUACGACGAUAGGAACAUGUGCAACGACUGCAUGUCGCGUAUCCCAUACGCGACGCUCAUAGCGACGAUAAUGUGUUGCUUGGGCGUUGGGAUAUUUUGCGGUACGAUGUAUCGUGGUGCGACCCUCGGUACACUGAUGCUCGACAAGGUCUUCCAUCUUCGAAUGAAUUGGCUUGAAGCUGUGCAGAUGACCUUUGCAAUUAUUGGCGCGUCGAUGGCGGCACUUGGAUUUAUGAUACUCUGCGUCGGCUGUCUCGCCACUGGAGCUACACGCACUAAAGUUUAUCGGGCUUGGCGUACCAGAGUUGGCGGUCGGAUUUCAUGCGCGGUUUUUAUGACCAUCACCUACAUACUCCAAAUCUUCUGGCUGUUUAUCUUUGCUUUCCUCGUGAGCAUCACGCUGAUCUUCACUGUCUUCUGGGGACUGUGCACCAACCCACGCGUUCAGAGCUUUGAUCAAUGCAUUGAUUUGACGCAAUUCAGUUUUAUGUUCCCGAACGGUACACCCGUGAAAGACAUGAAUAUCUGUGGCUCGCAAGAGGUUAAAGAAUUCUGCAAAGAUUACGUGGAGAAAGCCGAGGUGAUGUUCAUAUUGGCAACCAUCGCGACGUUCUUGGUGAUACUGAGUUUGGUGCAUUACUUGAUGUGUCUGUCAGCUAAUUAUGCGCACAUUCGCGAUCAUGAGAAAUUCCAAGAGUUGCAAGAUUUACAAUAUCUACACGAUCCGAAUGAUCCGGAUUCACCUCAAACUGGCAUGGGUUCGUUAUCGCAUCGCAGCAAAGACAGAUUUUAGGAUACAGCCCGCGAGAUCUUCGCUAUGAACCCCAUGUAAAGAGCCGAAAACAAGCGCGUUACAAGCGUUCACCACAAGAAAUCCCACCUGUGUCGACGCUUUUCGUUGCUAACCUGGGCUAUCUCUGAGUUUGGCUUUUUCGGUUAUGUUAAUGUUUUCUUUAUUUGCCGUUGGAAAUUAAACAAAUAGUAUCCAUGAAAGUUCUGGUUGAUAGAUUAGAGGAGCGAAAAGAAAGCAAAGAAAUUUAAUGAUGUUAUUUAGUAGGCAGAAAAAAGAAACCUUAAGUACAAAAAAUAACGUAACGGAGAGAUUAAUGAAGGAUUGGAUCUUACAGUGACCGAAAUGCUGAUUUCAGUUGUAAGUUUAAUUAAAGCAUAUAUGCUCAGACAUGCCCAAGUCUGUGCGCGCGGGGAAAGAGUUAACUGACCACUUGGUGAUCGAUCGCGCAUCAUACAUAUAUAGAUAUAUAUUAUUUCGAGGAGGCGCGCGACGAUCGCUAAUUGUCACAGUGCUUGUUAACCGACCGGAGAGGAUCUUGCGGGAACACUCUAUACCGUCCAUUUAUCCGCGACUCUUUUAGAUGUCUACCAACUUUAUUAAUGUGUUUUCAGAUGCCAAUUUACAGUAGAAAAGUUUCAAUGCAACAAAACAAAAGAAAAAUUAUAUCAAAUAUUUAUAACUCUUUUAUGUCGAUUGAUUGUAAGCAGCUGCUUUUUCUUUUCUUCUUUUUCUCGUGGAGUCAGAAAGUAUAUUGAUAAAUUGUCACACUCAUUAAAUCAAAGAGCUCAUGUAUCUCCCGACAUUUAAAAAUGAAAGUCUAUUGCUACUAAACGAAUACUAUAAAAAAAUAAAUACUAUUCGAUCCAUCAAUGUUGAUUAACAUUGCUUUUUUGAGAAAAUUUAUUCAAAAUGUUUGUAUAAUUUUUACUCCAGGAAAAAAAACAUGACAAAUCAAAAAACAACUAACAAUGUUUCUCGAUACAUAUUUGUAGCAUAUGACUUCGUUGGUAUCAUUUUUAUUUCUUAUUACCUCUAAGAGGUUAUUGUACUUUGAAAUUUUGAAAAGUCGUAACAAAGUAAACUCAAAGAAACGAUAAGACUUAUCAUUACAGCAUCAAUCAAACUAUUUAUUAAUCAAAUAAAAGUCGUUUUGAUACAAAGUUUAGGAAAUAAAAUACAUCAGCAUCAGCAUCAGCAUCAGCAUUAACAAUCAAAUAAUGAAAAAUAGAUUUUUCAAAAUUUCCAAGAUACCAAUGUCUAUUGUAAAUGCAUCUAUAUUAAAAUUGCUCAAUGCUCAUUAUACCGCCUAAGAAGUAUAAAAAAACAAAAAUACGUUAAUUUAGAUUUUAAGAAGAAUAUUGCACAGAAUCAAGAUAUUUUAAAACAAAAAACAUUGCGUUCUUGACGUUAAAUUGAUUCUUUUCUUUGCAAUAUUACUAAUUAUUAUGCACGAUUAUAAUAUAAAAAUUGAGAGAAAAUAUGCACAAAGAGAAACAGAAAAAAUGCGUUGACAAUGCAAAAAAAUCGUGAUUUCUGUGUUCAGUAUUAAGUGUAAGAUUUUAAAGUCCAGUGACGCCGAUGGAUCUUGCAUCGAAACAUUCCAAACGCGCUUGACUUAUUUUUCUACGAGUUUGAGAUUUGUACGAUUUUCACAUAGGUUAUAAUUUAUAAUAAAUUAAAAAAACUCGUUAUUCCGUGAUGAUAAAACAAUAUUCGCCUGUAAGCGUACGUUAUACUAUUUUGCAAACAUCUUUUCUUCGAUAUAAGUUUUUUAAAGAAAAACAAAACACUUUUGCACAUCUUGUAUUUCUCAAAGAGAAUAUUGACUGAAUUUAUGCGAACAGAUGGCUUGUUCGAAUUAUCAAAGAGUUUUCCAAGCAUAAUCUUGUUUCAAUUUUGUAAAAAUAAAAAACUUUAAGCUUUUUCAUACAAACUUUUGUUUCUUUUUUCUUUAAUUUGAACAACUAGACAUAUUUGUUUGUGAGAAAACAUUUCUUUUAAUUCUGUAUUGAAUUAAUUUUAUAUUUUUUGACUUUCGACAAUUUAAAAGUAUUCUUUUCGCACAAAGAAAAAAUCUAAGAACGUGCCAAAUUAAAAAAGAAAUGUCAACGCCCUAAAAAGUAGAUAAAACAAAAAAAAAUACGGUCUAAAAUUUGUGACAAGCUAAGCAAGUAAAAACAAAGUAUUAUAUAUAUCAAAAUGAUUAAAAAUGAUUGUACGUUUAUCGCGACAUAUCGACUUGAAGUUUAUAAAAUAUAAAAUUAUUAAUAUAUAAAUAUAUUAUAUAUUACCUACAAAUUCUCUCUAUUUCUUUGUUAGAGAGGCCUAAGGUCACGAAUAUAAAUAUAUAUCGGUUAUAAACGACCGUUUAUCAAAGUAAAUUUGUUACUUGGGUUGCAAGUAUUAUAGAGCAAAUGUAAAUUAGCGUUGAUGGAAAAAUAAUAAAAAAAA